AUGAAGCAUCCUCUGCAUGUAGCAGCAGCUCUCUGCCAUUUGAUCGUCUUCCUCUUCGUUAUUCCCCACACCGUCGGCGAGAGCAUCUUGCAGGGGGAAGACGUGUUGCUACCGUACUGCGCCAGCCGACCGGAGCUUCGGGAUGUGGCGGAGGAGGCAGACAACCCGGAUGCACAGCCCGGUGGGAUUGGAACCGUGCGAACAUACAAAGGAUGCUUUCAGCAGAGGCGGGACCGCUUUGUUGUGGUGACGCCAAGGCGUACGGCACCAUCGCCCAGGCUGCUGCCGCCUUGUCACCGCUUUUUGCAACGCAACGAAACACUUCGGCUUAACUACCUUCUCUCUGACAUUUGUCGCAUGGGACACACUACGAAGGAUGCGCCUCACCUCAUGACGUUCCUGAUGGAUUACCUUGCCCCCUGUUCAACCCUCUGUCGACAGGUGCCGCAAGGCAAAGCUGUGGCUGAACAGCUUCGUGUGCAGUUGACAGUUAUUUACGGCAACGUCUGCACGUCGUAUCCCGCUCCAAAGCUGGAUGAACCCUUCCGAAGGGUUAUUAUGAGGUGGUUUCACGCCCUGUUUCGUGGUGAUUCACCCUUCAUUGAACUGAUGACGUUGUGGGGUAUUGACUUUGUUCUCCCUGUCCACACGUCCGGGAAUACCACACUGCACUUCAAUGAAGUCUUUUACAAAACGGCCAUGUCCAGUGGCGGUUUUUUUUGCCCGCAUGAUGAGGUGUCUCUUGCAGCCCCGACACUGGCUCCUGCAGAAACGGGGAACAGUCAAUAUACCAUGUGGAUUAUCACGCGAUGGGAGCGCUUUCGCUGGUUUCGGACGCGUGCGCAAGCGAGUCUCUUUCGACGUUGCCUGUUGCAUUACUACAAAAUUCCUCCUCGCCCUGCUGCUCACAAUGUACUGUUGCUUCAGCGCUUACGUGAGCGACGCUUUAACGAAACCGUUUUGCGGCAGAAAUUUUUGGCACUUUUAAAGCCUUAUGGAGUCACUGUAUCGACGCAGACUUUCCACUCGAUGUCUUAUAACCAACAGGCUUCCUUCAUGCGUAAUAGUUCUAUUUUUAUCGCCUCUCAUGGGGCGGGAAUGGUAAACAUAAUGACCAUGUCGCCAGGGAGUGUGGUUGUGGAAUUAUUUCCUCACGGGUUUCGUUAUGCCAUGUAUGAGGAGUUGGCGGGAUUAUUAGGUUUGCAUUAUAUUGCUUAUGAAAGCCCGGAGGUUUUUCCACCGCGUUGCUGUAGGCAGCGUGGGGGAGACUCAGCGGCACAGCUUGAGCCUCCGCUACAGGGCAAUCCACCCAAAACAACCUUCGGCGUGCGUUCCUGCAAAGAAUGUGAUAUUAAGAUUUUGGAGGAAGACAUGGACACUAUUAUCUUUGAUGCUUGGGGAAUUGUGUCUGCCAACGGUAGUCUGCGUUCCAUUCUUAUGUGA